GUUAAUACUAAAUCGACACUAGACAUAUAUACAAUAUAGUAUUGUUAAUAUUUGGAAAGAGUCACAUAACUUUUUAAAAUUAAUUCUUUUUUUAUUUUUUAUGCCAAAUAGAGAGAAUAAAUAUAGUGUAAAAGCGAAAGACUAACAAGAAGACACACUCAUAAUGGGCAUUAAAGCCAGCCGUCAACUGAAUCCUGACCAAGUGGCCGCAUAUCAACAGCAGCAUAAUCUAUCCAGUGAACAGAUCCAUCAGUUAUAUCAUCGCUUUCGCUCCCUGGAUCGUUAUGAGAGGGGAUAUCUGACGCCGACCGAUCUAUUGCGUAUACCCCAAUUGGUGGAGAAUCCCUUGCAUCGUCAAAUAGUUGACGGCUUCUUUCCGUCACGUAAUACCAGUGAACGUAUGGAUUUUGGCCAAUUUGUGGCCGUCUGUGCCACAUUCCUAGUCCCGGGCAAUGGCCAUCUGAAUGUCCACCGCAAUGUCGAUAGGGCCAAGAAGUUGCGUCUCCUCUCACAGAUGUUCGAUACCCAUUGCGGCGGCGAUUGUAUCUUACGUUCCGAUUUCCGUGAGGUAAUGAGUUCUUUUCUCUACAGUCACGUUCCUAAAGGAGAGGAACUCAUUCCCGAAAUGGAGGCAGAGUUGGAUCUAUUGGAGGACCAGGCAUUUGGUAUGGGCAACGAACAAAUGAUUUCCUAUAAACAAUUCGAACGAAAUCUAAAUACAGCCGAUGUGGCUACAAGGCUAUCGGUUUGCAAGUGGCUGCACAAGGAGCAAGGAGCCGGUAAACCGCGUCAACCAGGUCAGGCAGGUCAACCGGGUCAACCGGGUCAGGCAGGUCAACCAGGUCAACCGGGUCAACCUGGUCAAGACGAUCAGGCGAACCGCAACAAGAAGAAUGGCCAAAAAUUUCAACAGAAUUGAUAUUAAUUCAUCCUGAUGUUUAUCCAGUUUCUAUAUAUCUCGUUUCUAUAUGUUAUUUGUAAUUCUUAUAUGUAUAUCAUACUAAUUUGAAUGCAAAUUUUGUGUGAAUUUACGCGAAUUAAUUGAACUAUAUCAACCAACUGUAUCGUUAUAUAUCGGUUUUAUCAUUUUGAAUUAAUAUAUCAACAAAAAUCUGAUCUUAAA